AACCUCAACCCAUUGUCCGUUGUCUUUGCGAAACCAACUUGACGAAGACGACAGUUGGAGACAAACAGAUUGUCACUGCUGUGUCUGCUGGCUUCAUGGGCAUCACGGCUGAGCCCGUUCCAGGGACUGACCACAAUAGCGUCUGUCGAUUCGAAACCAAAUUUGACAAAGGCUAUGCCAAGGUCCUUGACACCAUCAAAGAACUUAGGAACGAAUUGCUGGAGCAAAGUGCUGAAGUUGUCGAGCGCCCUUCAAAUGUUUAUAUGCCUGGUCAUAUACCUAUCUCAGCACCGUCAUUUCCUCCCCAAAACAAGCUGUUCUUUUAUAACGAGAUAUCUCGACAACCAUCAGCAGGGUUUGUAGGGAGGAACGCCCUCCUAAAUGAGAUCAGACGUCAUUUAGAAGACAACUACAAGGCCAGCAAGAUUGCGCUAACUGGAAUGGCGGGAGCAGGGAAAACAGAAGUGCUACUUCAGCUAGCAGAUGAGUACAGCUCUUCUCACAGUGUGUUCAUACUGCCCUCAUCUGGAGACCAAGACCUCCGAGGUGCAGUGCAAGAUGUUGCCAUCAUGAUUGGUCACGACCUAAUGGAUGGAAACACACGCCAAGGCCUUCAGCUGCAACAUUGGAACAGCUUCAGCCCUGAAAUAAUUGAGCGGAUGUUCAUGACAUGGGUUGAUAGGGGAGCUCGAUUCCAUCCCUGCAUCGUUGUGCUCGAUGAUCUCCACGGCCUCCACGAAGAACAGCAUAGGUCCAACAUUGCCUUCAAGAACACGACAGUGCUCACUUCAGCAAGAGAUCCCAUUGAAGCGAAGAAGAUGGGCUUUUUGGUCAAACCAGUAUCUUCUCUAGACUUGGACGACAUGUUGUCGCUGUUUAAACGCAGGGCCAACGAGGCCGGUCUGUCUUCGGUAUCCCAUACUCAGCACGAUGAGCAGCUGAAACUGCUUGCCUACAACCUAGACUGCCAUGCCUUUGGAGUCUGCGCUGCCUCGACAGCUCUAUAUUUCCUGGGACUCGAGAAACCUUUGCUACCAGAUGAACACCUUUUGCAGCAUCUUAUUGACACUCUACAAAGAUCGGGGUCGGAGGUUUACGAACGCUUGCUCAGCGUAGAGCUGCCGGAACACGGAAGUCGCUCUAUAGUGAAGCUGUACGAGAGCUCGCUGGAGCGCCUGAGAGACUGCUCUGCAUCGCAAGCGCCAGACUUGAUGGACUUGCUAGAACUCAUGGCUUUCUUACAGCCAGCUCCUUUUUUCACGAAUAUGCGUCAAAAGAUUGAUAUUUUCGACUUCCUUUCUAAAGUCGAUGGUCAUCUUGAUGAUAUCACAAGGUCUCAUCCGGAACUCCGUCUAAGCAAUGUGUUCCGGAGGCAGUCAGGGGAAAUACUCCACGCAUUUGAAAAGGCAUCUUUGGGGAUCCGAGUCGGCCGACCCAUUCUGAUACCGGCUCUUUGGCGGACAUGUGUAUUACAAACCUGCACAGAUGAGAGGAGAGAAUUUUGGCUCCGACAAAUACUCCUUGUGUGUUUUCACAUCGGCCGAGCGAGGAAUGUCGGAGAAUGCGAAUCACUGGCUCCAUACACAGAAAACUGCCUUCGAAUAGCCAACCGAUUCAAUAUCUACCACGCAAGACUACUUCUGGCCGGUCAGGAACAACUGUCCUGGAUCAAACAAACUAUACAGAGACCUAAGGAAGUGAAUUCUCAGGAAUUGGAUAACUCAAGCCCAGUCACAACAACGCUGCUUCAGUGAAAGGGCAUCGGGAGAAAUGAAUCCUUGUUUUGACUUGCAGAAUGACGGGGCUGGCCAAAUAACAGGCAGCCAUUCUCGAUGACAAUUCUUGCUAGAAUAAUA